AGAAGUUGAGUAUAAGAGGUCCUUCUGCAGUUGUACGGGGCCCUAGUGAGACCACACCUGGAGUAUUGUGUGCAGUUUGGUCCCCUAAUUUGAGGAAGGACAUUCUUGCUAUUGAGGGAGUGCAGCGUAGGUUUACAAGGUUAAUUCCCGGGAUGGCGGGACUGUCAUAUGCUGUGUAUAUGUCCGUGUUUUGAAAUCCGUUCUUUAACCUGCAGGGAUUCUACUACCAGCCAAGGAUUCGUGGAGAAACAUUCUGACAGCAUCCUCGGAUGGGCGUACGUCCUCUGGUCUGUAUCGUACUACACAUCGCCUCUGCUGCUGCUGUAUUUCUACAGGAAAGGUUAUAUUGUUAUGUCGAAGAUCAUCCCAGCCACUCCGUACGCAAGCGCGUUUCUCUUGUUCCUAACUGGUGUGGCGUGUCUCAGAGGAAUGAGCCGAUGGUCGAAUCCGGAGUACGUGGAAUUCAUCACAAUCUUGGCCGAGACCAAGAAGCACAACACUGAGGAGAACAAGAGGAGGCUAGCUUCCUAUAGCUUUGACUUCGACCACUGGCCAAUGGACUUCAGCUGGAGUGAGGUGACGAGUCUGAAGGGCGGGAACGUGCCGAAUGGUGGAGUUCCUCUCCUGAAGCCGGAGCUCAAGUACAGAGGGGCAGGGGACGGCUUUGUGUGUAACAUCCUGAGGUUGCCCUGCCAGUUUGUCAGCUACCUGAUUGCCAAGUCGUUUGGCCGGCGAAUGUUAUACCCAGGCUCAGUGUCCCUGCUGCAGAAAGCCAUCAUGCCCAUGCUGAUCCAAGGCCAGACUCGACUGAUGGAAGAGUACCAGGGUAAGCGAGCCAAGCUGAUCUCCUGCGAUGGCAACCAUAUCGACACCGUGUUUGUGGACCGCCGGGCGGCAGGGACGGAGAACGGCAAGAAGCUGGUGAUCUGCUGCGAGGGGAACGCAGGAUUCUACGAGGUUGGCUGCGUCAGCACUCCACUGGAAGCUGGCUAUUCCGUGCUGGGAUGGAAUCACCCCGGCUUUGCCGGCAGCACCGGCGUGCCCUUCCCACAGAACGAGGCCAAUGCCAUGGACGUAGUGAUCCAGUACGCCAUGCACCGCCUCGACUUCACCCCCGAGACCAUCAUCAUGUACGCCUGGUCCAUCGGUGGAUUCACAGCUACCUGGGCCACGAUGAACUAUCCCGAGAUCAGCGCUCUGGUUCUGGAUGCCUCCUUUGACGACCUCGUGCCCCUCGCCCUGAAGGUCAUGCCCGAGUCAUGCAGGGGCCUGGUCACAAGGACCGUACGUGAAUACCUGAACCUCAACAACGCAGAGCAGUUGUGCAAGUACCAGGGGCCGCUGGUGUUGAUCCGGCGCACCAAAGAUGAGAUCAUCACCACGGUUCCAGAUGAUAUCACGUCGAACAGAGGCAACGAUCUUCUAGUGAAGCUGCUCCAGUUCAGGUACCCCAAGGUGAUGGCGGAGGAGGGGGUUCGUGUGGUACGGGAGUGGCUGAGCGCCUCGAAUCCUCUGCAGGAAACUGCCCUGUACAGUCGCUACGAGGUCCAUGAUGACUGGUGUGUCUCGGUCCUGCAGUCCUACCGCUCGGAGCACGGACACAUCUUCCCCUGGACCGUGGGUGAGGACAUGACACCAGAGGGCCGGCGGCAACUGGCGAUAUUCCUGGCUCACAAGUACAUGAGGAACUUUGAUGCCACGCACUGCACUCCACUACCAGCGUCUGAGUUCCCUCUGCCCUGGUCCUUGUAGCGGCAAGGGAGGGUGCACUGAGCAAUGUGAUGGAGCGGGAGGGGGUUCCUGGUAUCACAGCAUUGUCCUCCUCCCCCUCUCCUCCCCCUCC